CCUAACUUAUCGUCUCUCUCUCUCACACACACACGAGAGAGAGAGAGAGAGAGAGAGAGAGAGACAGAGCUGCGUAACCGACUCUCUCUAUUCUCUAAUGGAAUCCGAGUACCAGAUCCUUACCUGAAACCCUAGCUCCUUCUUCUUCUUCAAGAUUCUCUCCCAUUCCUCCAAGAUUCCACCACCUCGUUCUCUCUCUUCGCUUCGUUCGCUUCAAUCCCUCUGAUCGUGCUCUCUCUCGACGAAGAAGCUUCGCUUCGCGCUUAUUUUCCAGUUCGGCGAUUCACGGCGGCUCUUCUCCGGCGGCAUUUCCGAUUCCGGCGAGAAGGUUCGUCUGGUUUGAUUGAUCGGAUUGUGGAGAAGUGUUAUGGUGUAGUGGAGGAGUAGUAUGGACGAUAGAGGAGGCUCGUUCGUAGCGGUUAGGAGGAUUUCGCAAGGUCUCGAUGGCCGUGGCAAUACCUGCCAUUCAAGUUCUGCUGAGGUUGUGGCAGGAUCGGCAGCUUGGCUUGGCCGAGGACUUUCUUGUGUGUGUGCACAGAGAAGAGAGAGUGAUGCUCGUCCUUCCUUUGAUCUAACCCCUGCCCAGGAGGAAUGCCUGCUGAAACUACAGAGCCGGAUAGAUAUUGCCUAUGACAGCUCAGUUCCUGAACACCAGGAAGCUUUGAGGGCCUUGUGGAGUGCUGCCUUUCCAGAAGAAGAACUUCGUGGUUUAAUAUCUGAGCAAUGGAAGGAGAUGGGAUGGCAAGGAAAGGAUCCGUCAACAGAUUUUAGGGGUGGUGGUUUUAUUUCGUUGGAGAAUUUGAUGUUCUUUGCUCGGAAUUUCCCGAAAUCUUUCCAGGAUCUGCUUCGAAAGCAAGAAGGUGAUAGGUCAGUGUGGGAAUACCCAUUUGCCGUUGCUGGUGUUAAUAUUACAUUCAUGCUUAUUCAGAUGCUCGAUCUUGAAGCAGUUAAACCUCGAACACUGGUGGGAGCAAUAUUCUUGAAGUUUCUUGCAGAAAAUGAAUCAGCAUUUGACCUUAUAUAUUGCAUCACAUUCAAGCUAAUGGACCAUCAAUGGCUGUCUAUGCGUGCUUCUUAUAUGGAUUUUAAUACGGUGAUGAAAUCCACUCGCCGGCAGUUGGAAAAAGAGCUUCUGUCUGAAGAUGUAGCACGGCUGGAAGACUUGCCCUCAUAUGGCCUACUUUCCCGAUAGUGUAGAAGCUUCUUCUAGAACUAUAAAAUGGUCUGUCACAAGUAGUUACAUGUUCGUCGACAACACUGUUAAUUCUCUAACUGGAUGAUGGUGUUUGUACAUGACCCGAACCCCCUGAAAUUUGCUUUCUGCAAGUCAUAUGAUUCCCGGAAAUGGUUUUGGAUUUUAGUUUCUCAGAGUUUGUUAAGAGGGCAGAACCAAGUCUUGAUUUGAUUCAGGUUUGAAAUACAGAAAAUAUAAUCUCAUACGUUUGGCGUAAGAUCACCAGAGCAUCCCACGGCCUUCGGGGGUUUUCAAACAUAUGUAGAGGUAUGAUUACCUUGUCUAGGAUUGUGGAAUGAGAUUCUGUUAUGGCUUUUUAACUUUUGGAGUGAUUUCUGAAAUAUUUUAUUAUUUGAUAACUGAUAAUUGAUAAUCUGUGCGCACGAUAUAGUGCACUUGAAAGCCCCGUUU